AUGGAAAAUUCCGAGAAUUUGAGUGGUUUGGAGCUCCCAGUAGACGAAGAUGAGAUGUUUAAUAUGCUACUUGAUGCAAUACCGAAUUCGCCACCAGAUAUUUCAACAGCUGAAAUUGAUCAGAUAUUGCCUCAACCAUCACCAGGGCCAUCUCACACCAUACCUCAACCCUUACCUGGGCCAUCUCACGCCAUAUCUCAACCCUUACCUGGUCCAUCUCAAGCCCCCUCACAAGCAGCUGAUGAAGAAGUUGACGAUUUCUACGAAGUUUUGGGCAUAACUUCAAAAGUCAUCAGGAAAUUCUCUGCCGAAGCAAUAACAGUGACUGCUAAAUUAAAAGAAAACCUAGACAAAGAAAAUCCCGAAGAUUACUUGAGAAAAGCUCUAGAUAAAUUAAUCAAUGAAUUUGUUAUUAAAGAUUUGAAUCCUCGUGAUAGAGUUGGUUUAGUUAUGGGUACUGAUUCAGUUGAGAAACCUAUCUUCAUUUCAUACAGAGCACCAAGUCAAUUUUCAGCCGAUGUAAUUAUGAAUGAAUUUUCUAAUGUAAUUCAAAGCAACAAAUCGUUCUUGUCAGAUGAACCCUUUAAAAUAAAAGUAACUAGAGUUAGAAUGCCUAAUGGUGAAGGACGAAGGAGAAAAUUUGAUAAUUUACCCUAUGAACCAUUCUGCAAGAAAAAAACCUCGAUAAUAACGAUAGAUAAUCCUCAUGAUAAUUUAUGUUUACCAAGAGCAUUAGUUGUGGGUCAAGCUCUGGUACAUAAGGAUGAUGGCAAGAAUGCUUGGAAUCAUUAUGAUCUCAUUAUUAAAAAAACUCGAGAUUACCAGCUAUUGUGUGCUCAGAAAUUAUGUCGAAAAGCGAAGGUUGAUAUCAAUAUAAUUGGCGGUGGUAUUGAUGCCCUCACUAAAUUUCAAGAGCAUCUGAAAUAUUACAGAAUAGUUGUGUUUGAUGGGGCUGAUACUCAUGGUCGCAUUGUAUCGUUCAAAGGUGAUUCGACUUCAAAGGUUUAUAUUUUCCUAUUCUAUCAUCGAGAACAUUAUAAUGUAAUCACUAGUUUGAAAGCAGCUUUUGGUUUUGAUUUUUUCUACGACCUGUGCUGUGUGGGGUAUCAUCACAAAGGCGAGCAUAAGUGUGAAUACGCCUGCUAUCAAUGCUUAAAAUUACCUAAAUGUGAGGUAAAAUCGUUCGACGAUAUGAUAAAAUGUGAUAAAUGUCACAGAGAUUUCUAUGAUCAAUUUUGCUAUGACAACCAUUUACAGCCUGGCCAUUUUGAAAGAAAUCUGAGUGUGUGCCAAGGUUUGAAAUAUUGCUACAAAUGCAGUAAAUUGUAUUCGCUCAGAUCACUAACUCAGAAGCAUGACUGUGAAUCUCAUGUCUGCUCAAACUGUAAUAAGAGUGUACCUCAUGACCACGUCUGUUUUAUCAAAAGAAUUAAAAGAAAUACAAAAGCAAGUAACGAUUUAUUCAUCUUCUUCGAUUUUGAGGCGAGAGUUGAAGAAGAGCCUUACAUUGUAACUCCAAAAUAUACAGCGCGACGUCAUAUUCCAAAUUACGCUGUUCUUCAAAUGAACUGCACCAAAUGUAUAAACAACGAAAAUGAUGAUAUGUUGGUAGAUUGCGACUAUUGCGGCAAACGUCACUUUGUUAUUGAAAAUAAGGAAGGUGACGCUUUGCUACAUGAUUUCUUCACCAUCAUUAGAGAGAAAACGCCGCCAUUUAUGAAGACAUAUGUAUAUGCUCAUAAUGGUGGUGGAUACGACUACAUGUUUUUGAUAGAGUACAUGGUGCGGGAAAUAGAAUGGAUCCCAAAGCUGAUAAUGAAUGGGUCUAAACUGAUUUCUAUGAAGUACAAUAAUAUUGAAUUUAAAGAUAGUUUGAAUUUUUUCCAUACAAAGCUGGCAGCGUUACCAGAUAUGUUUGGAAUUGAAGAUGCUUCUAAAGGAUACUUUCCCCAUUUCUUCAAUACACAGCAAAAUCAAAACUAUAUUGGGCCCAUUCCAGAGGAAAAAUACUAUGGCGUGAAUGAAAUGUUACCAAAGGAUUUGAAAAAAUUCCAGAAAUGGUAUAAUGAAGAAAAAUCAAAAAAUGUUGUAUUCAACUUUAAAGAAGAGAUGCGAAAGUAUUGCAUUGCAGAUGUAGAAGUUCUUCGAAAAGCAUGCGUUAAAUUUCGAAAACUCUUUUAUGAUUUAUUACAUUUGGAUCCUCUGGCUGCUACAUCAACAAUAGCAGGUGCUUGCAUGACUGCAUAUCGAAUGAAUUUUAUCCCUCAAGACACCAUAGCUCUGAUGACGUUCCCAUCUUACCGAAUGCGUGAUAACCAAUCGUUGCUAGCAGUACGAUAUUUAAUGUAUUUUGAAGAUGCAUAUGGUGUUGAGCUACAGUCAGCAUAUCGGGGUUGGGAAAAACAAAUAGACAAAUACAAGGUUGAUGCCUACCAUCCUGCUUUCCCAAUGGAUAGGCUGGGUCCAGUGUUAGAUGGUGAACCAAAUAUAAGACCUCUCAUAAUUGAAAUCAACGGGUGUUAUUAUCAUGGAUGCCCUAAAUGCUUUCCAAACCGGACUGCUACUGUGAAGUCAAAAAGUGCCAAAGAAUAUGUGAACAUGGACAUGAGGUAUAAAAAUACUAUGAAAAAAUUGCAACAUCUCCAGUCACUAGUUAGCUUGCCUCAUAUAAUAUCAAAAUGGGAAUGCGAUAUUUAUGCUGAAUGUGCCGAGAACUCAUCGCUUAAGCAAUAUAUGACCAAUGCCCAAAUACCCACACCAAUAUAUUCCAAUAGAGAGCCAUUCUUUGGAGGCCGUACCGAAAACUUUUAUUGGUAG